AUGGGUAGCUAUGUGUGGCUUUGUGUAGUUAUUUGUAGCUAUGGGUGGCUAUGUGUAGCUAUGUGUGGCUAUGGGUGGCUAUGUGUAGUUAUGUGUGGCUAUGUGUGGCUAUGUGUAGCUAUGUGCAGCUAUGCUUGUCUAUGGGUGGCUAUGUGUGACUUUGUGUAGCUGUGGGUGGCUAUAGGUGGCUAUAGGUGGCUAUGUGUAGCUAUGGGUGGCUAUGUGUGGCUAUGUGUAGCUAUGUGUAGCUGUGGGUGGCUUUGUGUGGCUAUGUCUGUGCAUGGGUAGCUAUGUGUGGCUUUGUGUAGUUAUUUGUAGCUAUGGGUGGCUAUGUGUAGCUAUGUGUGGCUAUGGGUGGCUAUGUGUAGUUAUGUGUGGCUAUGUGUGGCUUUGUGUAGCUAUGUGCAGCUAUGCUUGUCUAUGGGUGGCUAUGUGUGACUUUGUGUAGCUGUGGGUGGCUAUAGGUGGCUAUAGGUGGCUAUGUGUAGCUAUGGGUGGCUAUGUGUGGCUAUGUGUAGCUAUGUGUAGCUGUGGGUGGCUUUGUGUGGCUAUGUCUGUGCAUGGGUAGCUAUGUGUGGCUUUGUGUAGUUAUUUGUAGCUAUGGGUGGCUAUGUGUAGCUAUGUGUGGCUAUGGGUGGCUAUGUGUAGUUAUGUGUGGCUAUGUGUGGCUUUGUGUAGCUAUGUGCAGCUAUGCUUGUCUAUGGGUGGCUAUGUGUGGCUUUGUGUAGCUGUGGGUGGCUAUAGGUGGCUAUAGGUGGCUAUGUGUAGCUAUGGGUGGCUAUGUGUGGCUAUGUCUAGCUAUGUCUAGCUAUGGGUGGCUAAAGGUGGCCAUAGGUGGCUAUGUGUAGUUAUGUGUGGCUAUGUGUAGCUAUGUGUAUCUAUGGGUGGCUAUAGGUGGCUAUAGGUGGCUAUGUGUGGCUAUGUGUGGCUAUGUGUAGCUAUGGGUGGCUAUAGAUGGCUAUGUGUAGCUAGGUGUAGCUAUGGGUGGCUAAGGUGGCUAUGUGGAGUAUGUGUAGCUAUGUGUGGCUAGGUGUAGCUAUGGGUGGCUAUAGGUGGCUGUGUGUGGCUAUGGGUGGCUAUAGGUGGCUAUGUGUAGCUAUGGGUGGCUAUGUAUGACUAUAUGUCUCAAUGGGUAGCUAUAGGGGGCUAUGUAUGG